UACAUCGUCAUACGGGUACACAACAUGACUUCUCUUGGACCGUGGGGCGGCGGCGGCGGCGGAACUCCCUUCUUCACGACCCCGUUUUCUUCUGAUGCAUGGGAUGAAUACGGCGGUGCCAUCACCAGAGGCGGCGGCGACCGGCGAGAAGACGUGGCCGCCAUGGCCCAUGCCAACGUGGAUUGGCGUGAAACCGACAGGGCCCACAUCUUCCGCGUUGAUCUUCCCGGAGUGAAGAAAGAAGAUCUGAAGGUGCAGGUGGAAGAUAGCAACAUACUGCAGAUAAGUGGAGAAAGGGUCGUGGAGAAGGAGGAAGAGAAUGACAAGUGGCACAGGGUGGAGCGCCGCCGUGGGAGCUUCUCCCGGAGGUUCCGUUUGCCGGAAAAUGCUAAUCUGGACGGGAUAGCGUGUGGGUUGGAACACGGAGUGCUUACGGUGGAGGUGCCCAAGAAGGAAGUGCAGCAGGAUCAGCCCAAGAAUGUUAGAUAUAUAGAUGUCGCUUAAAUCUAAUUAGCGUUUUUAUUUAUUUAAUUUUUUUUCCUUGGGUUUUUGUUUAUAUUUGUUUGACGUGGAUGUAUAAUUAAUUAAUUAAUUAGUAUGUCAUGUGAAUUA